GCGCGCGCCCGACCGCAGACCCGAGCGGCGCGAGCGCGGAUCCUAGUAUGCAAAGUGCCAUGUUCCUGGCUGUCCAGCACGACUGCGGCCCCAUGGACAAGAGCGCAGGCAGUGGCCCCAAGAGCGAGGAGAAGCGGGAGAAAAUGAAGCGGACCUUAUUAAAAGAUUGGAAGACGCGUUUGAGCUACUUCUUGCAAAAUUCCUCCUCUCCUGGGAAGCCCAAAACUGGCAAGAAAAGCAAACAGCAGACCUUCAUCAAGCCUUCUCCCGAAGAAGCAGAGCUGUGGUCUGAAGCCUUUGACGAGCUGCUAGCCAGUAAAUAUGGCCUUGCUGCUUUCAGAGCUUUUUUGAAAUCUGAAUUCUGUGAAGAAAAUAUUGAAUUCUGGCUGGCCUGUGAAGACUUCAAGAAGACGAAGUCACCCCAAAAGCUCUCCUCAAAAGCAAGGAAAAUAUACACUGACUUCAUAGAAAAAGAAGCUCCAAAAGAGAUAAACAUAGACUUUCAAACCAAAACUCUAAUUGCCCAAAAUAUACAAGAGGCGACAAGUGGCUGCUUUACAACUGCCCAGAAAAGGGUAUACAGCUUGAUGGAGAACAACUCUUAUCCUCGUUUCUUGGAGUCAGAAUUCUACCAGGACUUGUGUAAAAAGCCACAGAUCACCACAGAGCCCCAUGCUACAUGAGAUGGAAACGGGACCCUGAAAGUGGAGGACUUUUCCAUUUUUUUCCUAAGGGGAAAAGUUGUGACCUGCCAAAAAAACUGACCUUGAAUUCAGCCUGGGUGUUCAGGAAGCAUCACUCAGAACUAUUGAUUCAAAGCUGGGUAGUGAAUCAGGAGGCUGGGAGCCUUCUCGAAGAAGCUUGUAUUGGUACAGCUUCCAUGUCUGUAGAGAGCACAGGGAGAGAGAGGUCUACAUGUGGCGUGUCCCACACUGGAAAAGCAGGACUGUGAGACCAAAAGAUGCAAUGUAAUAGUGUUGGUCCAAAAGCAUUUAAAAUCAAUAGCUCUGGGAUCAUGUGGCCUUACCUAGCUGGCUGUACAUCUUUCCCAAAACCAGUCCAUGUUACCACGUAGUGGUUUUAGUUUUAGUUUAGUACCAAGUAAGAUUAAAAUGUUGACUAUGUGCAAGGGUGUUGAAGUUCUUUGGACUCCAGAUUGUCAGUACCAUUGUCUCCUGUAAGGCUAAACCUGAAACGGUCUGUGUUUGAAUUGUUAAAUGGUGUGUGUAAUAGAAUGAGUGCUGUUAUGCAGAAAACUACAGUGUCCGUUAUGAGUGCCAAAAACUGUCCGGAAGGCAGCUAUACUUUGAAGUGGUCUUUGAAUACUUUUAAUAAAUUUAUUUUGAUAAA